UAAACUGAGACGGACCACACGUGUACAUGUGCCGGAUGUAAACACAACUACCACGUGUUCAAGUACUGACUGUGCCUUACACAUGGCCUUACAUUCAGCAGGCAGCUGGUGAUCUGUGCGCAUACUGGGGUCAUACGAGGCUGUUUUGGAAGGACAACUCCAUGAAUUUGAUCCACUGAACCUGAGACGCGUUUUGAGAUAAAGUCAUGGCAGGCAGAGGUCGUGGAAGAAGCCAGUUUACCUUCAAUGUGGAUGCGCUGGGAUUUGGGAGGGGUGAUUCUUUACCCACAUCUGCACAAACACCUUCUCCUCUUUUUCCUCCUAUGCAGUUUAGGCCAGUACCUCUGCAUACGGGAGAAGAGGUGGAAUAUAUGCUCGCUCUUAAGCAGGAGCUGAGAGCCUCCAGCAAGAACCUGCCGUUUCACAUUAAAGCAGCCAGAACAAAGACAGAUGUGGCACGCUACUCUGAUAAAUAUCAAAACGGGGAGCCAAAGAACAACUGCAUUGAAUGGAGUCCAGACUGGAGCCGAAUGCCAAAAGAGCUUUGCAUUAAAGUACGGAAACCCCGGAAAACAGUCAUAGGUGCCAAGUCACAACUCAAACGAAAACCAAAAGUAGCUGCUGGAAAAGAAGAAGUUCUCCAAAAACUAGAGACACUAGAAAAAAAAGAACAAGAGCAGCAUUCUGAGGAAGAGGAGGAUGAAGAGAAGAAGAAACAGAAAGAUGAGGAAGAGGAGCCAGAAGUGGAGGAAGACUAUGACGAAGAGGAGCUUGAAGAUGAGACAGACUACAUCAUGUCCUACUUUGACAACGGAGAGGACUUCGGAGCAGAUAGCGAUGACAAUAUGGACGAAGCUGUCUACUAAUGCAUUUAACAGGCAUUUUAUUUAAAGUUCCCAUUGGGGGAUGAAUAUUUCUAUGAGUGAGAUGAAGAAUGUGCUAUCUUGACACUGAAUCUGAUUGUGACUGACUUAAUGUUAUUAAGAUCCAGAGAGUCAGUGCUGCUACUAAGAUGCUGAUCGUGAUCGACACAGACACUGCUGCUGCUAUUCCAACAGUGCUGGAAUGUUACCAAGAGAAAGUCUGCUUUUAAUUUCAGUUUUAUUAUUGUAAUUGGAAAGCUCUGCACAGAAGCCAUCAUUCCUUUUUGUCAGACAGGAGAGGACACUACAGACCGUUUGCCUGUAUUUAUAUAAUGCAUCUCAUGUUUACACCUGAUAAUGCCUUGAAUUGUGAAUUACAUCUGUGUAAGAGUGCUGUUUUACAUGUCGGAGUGGUUUGAGUGCGUGAAUAAAUAAUUAAUAAUAGGAAAAAAUAAAGUAAUGGUACAAAAUUAGAUU